AUGGCAUGCAAUUUGAAGAUCGAGAUUACAGCAUCCAGCGAGCUCUCUAGCAGAUACACGCUCAAGGAGUUUUUAGGCGAGGGUCAGUACGGUACAGUGUGGCGCUGCGAGGAGCGCACGACGGGCGAACAUUUCGCUCUCAAGUACAUCGACCUCACCAAGUGCAGCAGCAGGGCCCGCCUCGCAGCUCUCAGCGAAGUCGAGAUCCUCCAAAAGAUCCGCGAUUCUGGCUUCUCCGAUAGUGUCGUAUCACUCAAGGACGUGUACGGGGACAACAAUUCGCUUUAUCUUGUAAUGGAGCUGUGCACUGGAGGGGAUCUUCUCGAGCUCAUCCAGAAUCAGCCCGGCGCGUUCAUCAGCGAGGCGGAGUCGCGCCACGUGUUCGCGUCCGUGGCGCGCGCCGUGAAGCAGUGCCACGCCAGCAGCAUCGUCCACCGCGACAUCAAACCCGAAAACAUUCUCAUCUGCCCGACUUCAAAAAGCGUCCCCGCCACCGCUGCCGCAUCAGAUAACGGCGCCGCGUCGUUCUCGUACACCGCGAAGCUCGCAGAUUUCGGGCUCGCUGUGGACGUGCCGUGGUUGCAGCAGAUUCGCGGGUAUGCCGGCAGCAAGCCGUAUGAGGCGCCGGAGGUUAUGGCGGGGGGUGCGUACGACGAGUCGGCGGACAUCUGGAGCCUCGGCGUGACUCUCUACGCGAUGCUUUCGGGAAAGUGGCCGCUCUUUAGCGGCGGGAAGCGGGUCCUCGACGAGAAGGCGGAUUUCGCAUCGGACUGGAAGAACGUGUCAGGAGAUGCGAAGGAUCUCAUCCGUCGGAUGCUGUGUGUGGACGUGAACGAACGGUUCACGAUUGAGGAUGUUGUGGCGCAUCCGUGGGUGCGUCCAGCAGUCGAGGCAGUGACUCAGGAAGCGAUGGAGACCGCCGAUCUGUCCGACGGACGAAAGGCUGCUGUUGAUUCCGACACGGCGGGAAGCAUGUCGUCGGCGAGUGCAACCAGCAGCAUGGACAGUGAUUUCGGGAGCAACGCGGAGAAGCCGCGCUGGGGCGGAAAGUUAUCUCCGCGCACCGUUCUGAACCGCGUCAAGCAGGCCUUCUCCCCUCUGAUGCGUCAGAAGGAGGCACCGUGCAUCCCCAUCGAAGCUGCCUCAUCCCCUCUGCUCUCGAGUGUUGACUCACUUUCCGCUCCCCUUUCCCCCCCCGCCUUCCUUCCCCUUUUCUUUCCCCUUCCCCUUCUUAUUCCGCUUUCCUACCGCUGCUCUUUCCCUUUCCGCCCGUGUCAGGGCGGCACAUGUGAGGGCAUCACAAUUCCAGCAGUUUUCGUCACUCAAUCCUCUGGCCACGCCCUAACCAACAUCAUCAACCGCUUCCCCCUACCCUCCUUCCACCACCCCCUCUCUCCGCCCGUCCUCUUCCCCCCUCUCCCCUUCCCAGUGUCAGGGCGGCACAUGUGGGGCAUCGCCAUUCCAGCAGUCUUCGUCACUCAAUCCUCCGGCCACGCCCUUAUCAACAUCAUCAACGGGUUUUCCCAACCAUCCGACUCCUCCCCCUCCUCCGCCUCCGCCUCCUCCUCUCCCUUCUCCCCCUUCCCCUCCCCCUUCUCCCCAUUCUCUCUCCCCUUCUCCUCCCCCGAAUCUCCCCCUCCCAUCUGCGUUCUCCUCCCUACCUUCGACAAUGCGGCCUGGCUGCGGCAGGCUGUAGCAGCCGCCGCCACAGCCAUGGGCGCGGGUGGCGCCGGUCGGCUGCUAGCGGCGCGUCAGGAGCCGCCCGGGCUGUCAGAGGAGGAGGUCAAGGCGCUUCCAGAAUUGGUUUUCCCGCCAAAAGGGAAGCAUUCGGGUAGUGUGUCAGUGUUUGGUGGUGGCUGUAGCAGGGUCGGCUGUAGCAGCUGUGGGGGAAAAGGGUUGAAGGGGACAGGGUUGCAGAUGGAAGCGAGGAUGGUGAUUGUAGCAGUGGUGAUUGUAUCGGUAGUGAUACUAGUAGUGACGAUGCUGCUGUUGCAAUGGGAGCAGAGGGAGGAGAAGGAGGAAAGGGACGAGAGGGAGGAGAGGGAGGAGAGGGAGGAGAGGGAGGAGAGGGGACAGAGGGAGCAGUGGAAGCAGGGGGAGGAGAGGGAGGGGGCAGAGAGAUGGAGACGUGUGCAAUCUGCCUGGAGGACUAUGAGUGGGGGGAUAGGCUGCGCCUUCUGCCCUGCUCGCAUGAGUUUCACGUUGACUGCGUUGACCAGUGGUUGA